AUCAAAUAAUUAACAAAUUAACGCGAUUGCGGCGCGUAAUUAAAACAUUAACUAAUUAAACGUUGCCACCUCGCCGAACGUUGCGCGCGGUAUUUGAAAACCCAGCGAAAUGGACAAACAUAAUCCGAAUAAGAAAAUAUCCAGUUUUACAUCGGUUUGCGGGGCACGACGUAUCUGUUCCAAAUCGAAGAUGCUUUACACCCGACCCAAGCCCGAUGUGCUGCAAAGCAUACUGCAAUCGAAGGCGAAUUCCGAUUAUAAAUCGCGUCGUUUGUGGUACGAACUCAAUAUGCCCGAAUGUGCAAGUCAUCUGUUCGAUGGCCAAACCCUCUCCGAUCUGCCCGAGAGUAUGUCUUGCUCGAAGAGCCAGCGUUCGCAUCGACGAUCCAACGACAAGCGCUCGGAUGGCGAGCACAAGGGCAAAUCCAAUUAUAUGAUAAUGCGAGAAGAGCGCGAGAAUUUUCGUAGCAAACUUGUCGAGUUGAUUCUGCACAUGGAUGAGGAUCCGGAUCCGACGCUGCACCGAAUGGAGGGUGAACCAUUUCCCGAUCAGGGCGAACGGGAAGUGCUACGCUAUUAUUAUUACAUUAAGCAUGGAAUCGACACCAUUCACGUCUCCACCAUCAGCAAAAAGACGCUCCAACGAAUUGAUAAUCUUGUGCCGGCUCUUCUCAAGAAAUGGGAUUCGGCCUUUGUGGAGAAUAUAGCCGAAGUGCGUUCCGAUUAUGUGUUUGCCAUGAAGAAGGCUGUUGUCGAUUUUGUCCUGCGACACUCGGUCCUCGAUCGCCUCACGCAUGAGGGAAGUCCAGCUAAAUUUAAGACUGCUGAGCGCAGGGAGAUCGAUAAGUUGAUGAACCAUUGGCGCUAUCGAUACGAUGAGAAUCGCAAUCGUUUGAAGACAACCCUAUUUUGUAUCCAUCGAAGCGUUGCAAGCAUUCUCGAAGUGUGGAGCAUGAAGUACAGCUCCAAAACAUUGGUCAACAUCGAGGAACUGAGCAAAGUCGAACAACCAUUCUCAUUAUUCAACUUUGUCUAUAUUUGUGGGUCGCAUAUUGAUGCCGGCAAGACAAUGUUGGAGGAUGUGUGGUACGGGGAGAUACACACGACUCUGUUGCGGGCCAGCAAACGUGGCCAAUUGCCGGAUAUACGACGGAUGACGUUGGUCAAAAGGUUUUUCAACUGUGUUGCCGCUUUGAUGACCCAACAGCUCGAGGACAUUUGUAUACGCAGCCUGAAAGCCUUUGCCGAUUAUGUUUGCGAUUUUGGUUAUUCGAAUCCUGGCUUUGUGAUCUCCUGCAUAUUGGCUGAUGAGGAUACGAUAACGUUUACGCCUGGCUUUGCCAAGAUCCAAAGUGAAUUGUUGCGCGUCAUCGAUUCGAUUGUGCACUCGGUGCAGCAAUUGCCACGGAUCGAGGGUAAACUGUACACGGAUCUGAAGAUAUCGAAGAAACUGUUCCUGACGCCUACCGUGCCGGAUAGCAUUGUGGCGGACACAAAGAAUCGGAUAUGCUAUAUGCUUGAGGAGCAGCGAAUUGGACCCGAGUUGAGAUUGCAGGAUUUCGAUGCGUUUAUCGAUUUGAUAAAUGGUGCGGAUUCGGAGCGAUGUGGUCGCUUCAUGGAGAGCGAUGCCACCUUCGAACAGUACACCGAAAUGGUUUACGAGUAUCGCGAGAAGGAGGAUCGCAUCGCCAGGGAGGUGUGGGGUGUCAUCCGGAUGGGUCUCUAUGAAUUCCAUCGCGAUACGUUCAUAACACACCUCGAAAUGUGUGCGAGACAGUUGCAAAUGGAUCUCCUGGCACGCAUGGUGACGGAUCAGCAGGCGAGGAUCUCACGGCUGGGCAAGGAAUACGAUACGAUUGCGAAGAAGGCGUUGACGGUGCCCAAGGAUACGGCCGAGCUGAUGGAACUAAAGGCAUAUGUGGUGCAUGCCGAGGAGAAUCUGGUGCCCGAAAUGGAGGCACGCCUCAAGGUCAACAUGAGCGAGAUUCUUUGGCUAAUGGAUCACACGCUCUACUCCCCGCUGGAGAUCAAGAACAACAGCAACUCAUUUCAGUGGUACUUGAAACUGGCCUCCGUCUUUGAUCAGCAUCGUGUGAUCAUUGCCGAGAAGGUGAUCGAGUACCAGGAGCUGCUCAAGAAACGCAUCGAGAUGUUCCGCCGUGAACUCCAGAACUAUUUCGAUCAGGUGCAGCUCUACGAUACUUGGGGCGAUAUUAAGCAGCUGUCCAAGUAUAAGAAACGUGCCGGCAUUUUGGAUCAGAGGCUCGUCAAUGCCAUGGAGACCAUCGAUCAGAUUAAUGAGGAGGAGACUGCCUACGGUUGGGAUUUGUCACAGUAUCCGGUGCGGAAGAAGGCGCAUGAUCAGCUGAAACCGUAUAAGAAUCUAUUUGAUGCUGGCCAGGAUUUCAUCGACAAGUGGGAGCUGUGGAUGUAUUCGCAGGUUGGCUCCUUUGAUCCCGAUGAAAUCGAUCAGGAUGUGGCCAACUUUUAUCGCGUCAUCCAAAAGCUGGAGAAGCAAAUGGGUGAUCAUCCCAGCACCAUGCAAUUAAUCCUCGAUGUCAAGGAGCAAAUGGAAAACUUCCGUGGCCAUAUGCCGAUCAUUAAUACCCUAGGUAAUCCUGGCAUGAAGGCGCGCCAUUGGGAGCAAGUCUCCGAGAUUAUUGGCUUCCCCAUUAAGGUGUCGCCAGAGCUGACGCUGGAGAAGAUCAUCGAGUACCAGCUGGACGAGUAUGUGCCCAAGUUUGAGGCCAUUUCGGAGAGCGCCACCAAGGAGAACAAUCUCGAAAAGGCCAUGGCCAAAAUGGCCAACGAAUGGGAGGGCGUUGAGUUCACCAUUUCGCCAUACAGGGAUUCGGGUACCUUUAAGCUGUCCGCCGUGGAUGACAUCCAAAUAUUGCUCGACGAUCAAAUCAUCAAGACGCAGACAAUGAAGAGUUCGCCCUACAUCAAACCAUUUGAGGCAGAUAUACUCAAAUGGGAGGCGAAACUGAUGUUGCUCCAGGAGAUACUAGAUGAAUGGCUGCGCGUCCAGGCCACCUGGAUGUAUCUGGAGCCCAUCUUCAGCAGUCCAGAUAUUCAGCAACAAAUGCCCGAGGAGGGUCGUCGCUUCAGUGCCGUGGACAAGAUCUGGAAGGAGCUAAUGAAGCAGGUGGCAGCAGAUCCGCGUGUGAUGACCGUUGUGCAGAUCGAAAAGAUGAACGAGAAGCUGAAGAAGGCUUAUACACUGCUGGAGAUCAUUCAGAAGGGACUCAAUGCGUACUUGGAGAAGAAGCGUUUAUAUUUCCCGCGCUUCUUCUUCCUGUCCAAUGAUGAACUACUCGAGAUACUAUCGGAGACAAAGGAUCCGACACGCGUACAGCCGCAUUUGAAGAAGUGUUUCGAGGGCAUGGCUACACUGAAAUUCACCGAGGAGUUGGAGGUGACUGCGAUGCGUUCCUCCGAACGGGAAGAGGUCGUUCUCGUCGAUGUCAUAUCCACGGCAAAGGCACGUGGUCAGGUGGAGAAAUGGCUGCUCGAGCUCGAGAUCGACAUGAAGAAGAGUAUACAUCACAAGAUAUCCCAGGCGUUCUACAGCUAUGUCAAGAUGCAGCGCAAUAUUUGGGUGCUCACCUGGCCGGGUCAGUGUGUCCAGUCCAUAUCGUUGACCUACUGGACGCUGGAGAUAACCGAGUGCUUCCUGAGCGAAACACCCAAAGAGAGCCUGGCCAAGUAUCUGCAAAAGUGCAUGAAUCAAAUUAUGAAAAUUGUCGACUUGGUGCGUGGAGAUCUCAAUACCCAGAAUCGCAUAACACUCGGCGCCCUCGUCGUGCUCGAUGUCCAUGCUCGCGAUGUGCUCGCUGAGAUUGUGGAAAAGGGCGUGGAGCAAUUGCAGGACUUUCAGUGGUUGUGCCAGUUGCGCUAUUACUGGGAGGAAAACCAACUGGAUACCCGCAUGAUCAACUGCUCGCUGGCCUAUGGCUAUGAGUAUCUGGGGAAUACCACGCGACUGGUGGUCACUCCACUGACGGAUCGUUGCUAUCGCACCCUGUUUGCUGCUCUCAAUUUGCAUUUGGGUGGUGCUCCCGAGGGUCCGGCGGGUACGGGAAAAACGGAGACAACCAAAGAUUUGGCCAAGGCGGUGGCCAAACAAUGUGUCGUCUUCAAUUGUUCGGAUGGUCUCGAUUAUCUGGCGCUGGGCAAGUUCUUCAAGGGUCUGGCCUCGUGCGGCGCCUGGUCCUGCUUCGAUGAGUUCAAUCGCAUUGAUCUCGAGGUGCUGUCGGUGGUCGCCCAACAGAUUAUGACCAUACAGCGUGGCAUCAACUCCGGUCUGCCCACUUUGGUCUUUGAGGGCACCACUCUAACAUUGGAUCCCACUUGUGCCGUCUUCAUUACCAUGAAUCCCGGUUAUGCGGGACGAUCCGAGUUGCCCGACAAUCUGAAGGCUCUGUUCCGCUCCGUGGCUAUGAUGGUGCCGGACUAUGCAUUAAUUUCGGAAAUUGAGCUUUACUCGUAUGGCUUCCUGACGGCCAAGCCGCUGUCCAUCAAGAUUGUGGCCACCUAUCGUCUGUGCUCGGAGCAGUUGAGUACCCAAUGCCAUUAUGAUUACGGCAUGCGAGCUGUCAAAUCUGUCCUGAAAGCAGCGGGUGCAUUAAAGCUACGCUAUCGUGAUGAGAACGAGGAUAUUCUAGUGCUGCGCUCCAUUAAGGAUGUUAAUUUGCCCAAGUUCCUCAAUCAGGAUAUACCAUUGUUCCAGGGCAUCACCUCCGAUCUGUUCCCGGGCGUUACGCUACCCGAGGCCGAUUAUGUCCUCUUCAAUGAGUGCGUCUUAAAGGCCUGCGAGAAGCAGAAUAAACAGUGCACUCCUUUUGUACUGGAGAAGGUGCAACAGCUCUAUGAGAUGAUUGUAGUGCGUCAUGGCCUGAUGUUGGUCGGGUAUCCAUUUGGUGGCAAGAGCACCACAUAUCAUUUGCUCGCCGAUACACUGGAGUGCAUGGAGAAGAAGGAUGGCUCCGAGAAUCGUGCCAUCUACACGGUUAUCAAUCCGAAGGCUAUAACAAUGGGUCAGCUUUAUGGACAGUUUGAUGCCGUUUCGCAUGAGUGGAGCGAUGGCAUUUUGGCUGUCAAUUAUCGCAUCUUUGCCGUCUCCGAGACACCGGAUCGCAAGUGGCUGGUCUUCGAUGGCCCCGUCGAUGCCAUUUGGAUUGAGAACAUGAACACUGUGCUCGAUGACAACAAGAAAUUGUGUCUGAUGUCCGGUGAGAUUAUCCAACUCUCGAACACAACAAAUCUGAUCUUUGAACCAAUGGAUUUGGAGGUUGCCUCACCGGCAACGGUUUCGCGUUGUGGCAUGAUCUAUUUGGAACCGAGUUCAUUGGGCUGGGAACCGUUGGUUGCCUCCUGGAAGAACACAUUACCCCCAACAUUCCAUAGCGUGAGCAAGAAUCUCAUCUCAUCAUUGAUCAACCGAUUCUGUCCGCUGCUCCUGUUCAUCGUUCGCAAGAGUCUGCGAGAGAUUGCGCCCACCUCGGAUACGAACCUGAUGGUUAGUCUGAUGAAUUUCUUCGAGUGUUUCAUCGAUGAUUAUCGCGAUGAGAAAUAUGUGGCGAAUAUAUCCGAUUUGGAUUUUCGUGCCCAGACCGAGGGUAUAUUCCUGUUCUCGGCGAUUUGGUCACUGGGUGGAUCCUUGACGGCGGAGAGCCGGGAGAAAUUCAAUUUGAUCUUUCGUGCACUGAUGAUGGAGAAGAACUUCCCGCAAAGCAUAUACGAGGCAUAUGGUGUGCCCCAGGAACUGCAUGUGGAACAGUUGGUGAAGCCAUUUAUCUUUCCCAUACCCAAGAACGGUUCGGUCUUUGACUAUCGCUACAUUAAGGAGGGCAAGGGCAAGUGGAAACCGUGGCAGGAUGAUGUGAAUGCGGCGCCACCACUGCCACGCGAUGUGCCCGUCAAUCAGAUCAUCAUCCAGACGAAUGAGAGUGUGCGAAUUGCAGCCGUACUCGAUCUGCUGGUGCGCCAUGGCAAGCCAUUGAUGCUCGUCGGACCCACUGGGACGGGCAAGAGUGUCUAUGUCAUUGAUUUCAUGCUCUCACGCAUGGAUCUCAGUUUUUAUAAGCCGCUGCUGAUCAGUUUCUCGGCUCAGACAUCGGCGAACCAGACGCAGGAUAUUAUCAUGUCCAAGCUGGACAAGCGCAGGAAGGGUGUCUUUGGGCCGCCGUUGAAUACACGCUUUGUCAUCUUUGUCGAUGACGUUUCCAUGCCAUUGAAGGAGAACUAUGGCGCCCAGCCGCCCAUCGAAUUGCUGCGCAUGAUGCUCGAUCACAUGAUGUGGUACGAUCGCAAGAAUAUUGUGCCGAUGAAACUGAUCGAUUUGCAGAUGAUUGUCGCCAUGGGACCACCGUCGACAGGUAAUACUGUAACGCCACGAUUUCAGCGUUUCUUCAAUGUCAUCUCAAUUGAUGACUUCAACGAUGACAUUAUGACCACGAUCUUUGGCAAGAUUGUGCUCUGGCAUUUGGACGCGAGGGGUUUCUCGAAGGAGUUUGAUCCGUGCAUUGAUGAGAUCGUCAGUGCCACGCUGAGCAUCUACAAUGAUGCCAAAUUGAAUCUGUUGCCAACUCCAGCGAAGUCGCAUUAUCUGUUCAAUUUGCGUGACUUUUCGCGUGUGAUACAGGGUGUGCUGCUAAGUGUGCCCGAGGCAACCGAGGACAUGAACUCGAUGCGUCGCCUGUGGGUGCACGAAGUGUUGCGCGUCUAUGGGGAUCGACUCGUUGAGGAUGCGGAUCGUAGUUGGCUAUUUCAGAAAUUAUGCAGCACCGUGCAGGAGUGUUUCAAUCAGGAUGCGUCGCGUCUGUUUGGCCGAUUUGUGGGCAAGGGUAAAGAGUUGGAGGAGUCCGAUUUUCGACAGUUGAUCUAUUGUGAUUUCACCAAUCCGAAAGCGGAUACCAAAAACUAUGUUGAGGUCCAAGAUGUGGAGGAAUUGCGUAGCGUGGUCGAAUCAUAUUUGGUGGAGUACAACAACAUGUCGAAGAAGCCAAUGAAUCUGGUACUUUUCCGCUUUGCCAUCGAGCAUUUAUCGCGCAUAUGUCGCAUCAUAAAGCAGCCACGUAGUCAUGCUCUGCUCAUCGGUGUCGGUGGCUCCGGGCGCCAGAGCUUGACUCGACUGGCUUCGCAUAUAUGCGACUAUGAGCUCUUUCAAGUGGAAAUCACUCGAUUGUAUGGGCCAUACGAGUAUCAUGAGGAUAUCAAGACAAUAUUACGUAAAAUCGGUGCAUCCGAAAUGCACGGCGUAUUCCUCUUUACGGACGUUCAGAUUAAGGACGAAUCAUUUCUGGAGGAUAUCAACAAUCUGUUGAACUCGGGCGAAGUGCCCAAUCUGUUUAGCAACGAGGAGAAAAUCGAGGUCGUCGAGAAGAUGGCCCAAAUCGACAAGCAACGCGACAAGUCCGUCCAAACCGAUGGCAGUCCCGUUGCCCUAUUUAACUUCUUUGUUACGACUUGCAAGGAUCAGCUGCACAUUGUGCUGGCCAUGUCGCCGAUUGGCGAUGCUCUGCGCAAUCGCAUUCGCAAAUUUCCUUCGAUUGUCAAUUGUUGUACGAUCGAUUGGUUCCAGCCCUGGCCGGAGGAUGCCCUCCUAGCCGUCUCCACACGUUUCCUGGCCACCGAGCAACUGACUCCUUUGGAGAGGAAGACAGCCAUUGAUAUGUGCAUGGAGUUCCACACAUCCACACAGGAAUUGUCCGCAAAGUUCUUCACACGUCUGCACCGCUAUAACUAUGUGACACCCACAUCCUAUCUGGAGUUGAUACAGACCUUCAAGGCACUGCUUAGCCAGAAGCGAAACAACAUAACGACGAAUCGUAAUCGAUAUUUGACUGGCAUUUCGCAGCUGGAUAUUGCUGCGCAGCAGGUGGCUGUCAUGCAGGAGCAGCUGCAGGCGCUGGAGCCGAAGCUGAAGGAGGCCUCCGAAAUUGUGGCCGAGCAGGUGGCCAAGGUGACGGCGGACAGCAAAGUUGCCGCAGAGCAGCGGGAACUGGUCAAAGAGGAUGAGCAGGCGGCCAAAGUGCAGGCAGCCGUUGCCCAGGAGAUCAAGGAUGAGUGCGAUGCCAAGCUGGGUGAAGCGUUGCCCAUUUUGGAAUCAGCUCUGGCGGCGCUGAAUACGCUAACAACGGCGGACAUAGCCGUGGUCAAGACCAUGAAGAGUCCGCCAAUUGGCGUGCGCAUCGUCAUGGAAGCCGUUUGCAUUUUGAAGGAUAUGAAACCAGACAAGGUGCCAAAUCCCAGUGGUGUCGGCACUGUGGAGGACUAUUGGGGUCCAUCGAAACGUGUGCUGAGCGACAUGAAGUUCCUGGACAGUUUACUGAACUUCGACAAGGACAACAUUCCGCCGGAGGUGAUGAAGAAGCUGCAACAGCGUAUUCUCACCAAUGAAGCCUUUGAUCCUGACAAAAUUAAGACGGCUUCGACGGCCUGCGAAGGACUCUGUCGCUGGGUCAUUGCCCUGUCCAAGUACGAUGUGGUUGCCAAGGUUGUGGCACCCAAGAAGAUUGCCCUCGCUGCCGCAGAGGCAGACUACAAUGCGGCCAUGAAACUGCUCAACGAGAAGUUGGCCCAACUGGCUCGAGUCGAAGCCAAUCUGGCCGCCAUUCAGAAGAUUCUGGACGAACAGCUGCGACAAUAUGGGGUUCUACUCGCUGAGCAUGAAGCGUGCACGAAGAAGCUGCAGCGUGCCCAGGAGCUAAUCUCUGGUUUGGGCGGUGAGCGGACACGUUGGUCCGAGACGGCCAAGAUGCUGCAGGCCAGCUUUAAGAGCGUCACAGGGGAUGUGUUGAUCUCGUCGGGAGUUGUGGCGUAUCUGGGACCGUUCACCAUUGAUUUUCGACUAACGCAAAUACACAAAUGGGUGGCAAAGUGCCUCGAUUAUGGAGUAACAUGCUCGCCGGACUUUCAGUUGGCCAUUGUGCUGGGCGAACCGGUUGAGAUACGUUUCUGGAAUAUUUGCGGAUUGCCAACAGAUGCGUUCUCCGUGGAGAGCGCCAUCAUGAUGAAAAAUGCACGUCGCUGGCCGCUGAUGAUUGAUCCACAGGGGCAGGCAAAUAAAUGGAUUAAGAACUAUGAGAAGAACAACAAAUUGUGUGUCAUACGACUGAAUCAAGCAGAUUACACCCGAGUCCUGGAGAAUGCCAUACAAUUCGGUUUGCCAGUGCUGCUGGAGAAUAUUGGGGAGGAACUGGAUCCCAUACUGGAGUCCAUUUUGCUGAAACAAUUGUUCAAACAGGGCGGCACAAUGUGCAUCAAACUGGGCGAUUCAGUUAUUGAAUACAAUCACAGUUUCAAAUUCUAUAUGACAACCAAGCUAAGGAAUCCCCAUUAUCUGCCAGAGGUGGCUGUGAAGGUGACGCUAUUAAAUUUCAUGAUUACGACACAAGGAUUACAGGAUCAAUUGCUGGGCAUAACUGUGGCAAGAGAACGACCCGAUUUGGAGGCCGAGAAGAAUAAUCUAAUCGUUCAGGGUGCCGAGAAUAAACGGAUGCUCAAAGAGACUGAGGAUCAGAUAUUGGAGGUGCUCUCAUCAGCCGAGAAUAUUUUAGAGGAUGAAACCGCUGUGCAGAUCCUAAGCUCGGCCAAAGCUUUAGCGAAUGACAUCAAUGAGAAACAGGUCAUCACGGAGGCAACUGAAAAGCAAAUUGAUUCGGCCCGCCUCAGCUAUGUGCCCAUUGCCGAGCACUCGACAAUUCUAUUCUUUACCAUAGUUGAUUUGGCCAACAUUGAUCCCAUGUAUCAGUAUAGUUUGGCUUGGUUUGUCAAUCUUUACAUGUCGUCCAUUGAUAAUACGGAGAAGGUCGAUGACAUUGAGGCGCGCUUGAAGGACUUGCGCAAUCAUUUCACCUACAACCUCUACGUCAACAUCUGUCGCAGCUUGUUUGAGCGUGAUAAGCUCUUGUUCUCGCUCAUAUUGAACAUUAAUCUGCUGAAGCAUGAGAAUUUGAUUGACAACUCCGAAUGGAUGUUUCUACUGACGGGCGGCGUUGGUCUCGAGAAUCCCUUCAAGAAUCCCACCAACUGGCUGGGCAUACAGAAUUGGGAUGAGUGCUGUCGCCUGACCAAUUUACCCAACUUUAAGGGAUUACGCGAGGAUGUCACUGCGAAUGCGUCCAGUUGGAAGGCGUUCUUCGAUUCGCGUACACCGCAGGAUAAUAAAUCGAUACCAACAAAUUGGCAACGUUUGUCCAUGUUCCAGAAAUUGCUAUUGUUGCGUGUCUUUCGACCCGAUAAACUGGUGCCAGCCGUGCUGAAUUUUGUCUCCACCGAGAUGGGUCCACGUUUUGUGGAUCCGCCACAAUUUGAUUUGAUGGCCUCGUUUGCCGACUCCCAUUGCUGUGUCCCAAUGAUAUUUGUCCUUACACCCGGCUCAGAUCCAACGGCAACACUGCUCAAAUUUGCCGAGGAUCAGGGUUUUGGCACCAAUCGUUUGUUCUCCUUGUCCUUGGGUCAGGGUCAGGGUCCCAUUGCCAUCAAGAUGAUUGAUGAGGGCGUCAAACUGGGCAAUUGGGUCGUGUUGCAGAAUUGCCAUUUGGCCGCCAGUUUUAUGCCAUUGCUGGAGAAGGUCUGCGAAAAUCUGUUGCCCGAUUCAACGCAUCCGGAUUUCAGAUUGUGGCUCACCUCGUAUCCGGCGGAACAUUUUCCGGUUGUGGUGCUGCAGAAUGGCAUCAAGAUGACCAAUGAGCCGCCCAAGGGUUUGCGCUCGAACAUUACACGUUCCAUGCUGAGUGAUCCGAUCAGUGAUCUGGAAUGGUAUGAAUCCUGCACUCAGCCACGCGUCUUCAAACAGUUGAUCUACGCGUUGUGCUUUUUCCAUGGGGUGAUUCAGGAGCGUCGCUACUUUGGACCCAUUGGCUGGAACAUACCCUAUGAGUUUAAUGAGACGGAUUUGCGAAUUUCCCUGAUGCAGUUGCGCAUGUUCCUCAAUCAGUACGAGACGGUUAACUAUGAUGCCCUACGCUAUCUGACCGGAGAGUGUAAUUAUGGUGGUCGUGUCACAGAUGACUGGGAUCGUCGCACUCUCAAAACGAUCUUGAAUCGAUAUUAUUGCCCCGAAGUUAUUGAUCUGGAGAAUACAUAUUAUUUGGAUGAGACGAGUUUCUAUUAUGUGCCCGUGUUGAAGGAGGCCGAGUUAUAUAUAACAUUUACCCGUGAUUUGCCGCACAUAUCGCCACCAUCCAUAUUCGGUUUCCAUGCCAAUGCCGAUAUCAUGAAGGAUCAACAGGAAACGGAUAUGCUGCUCUCACACACACUAUUGACACAGGACACCAGUGCUUCAGGCGACGACAGCGAAGGCUCCAAGGCAUUGACACCCGAGGAGGUGGUCACGAAUGUGGCCACCGAUAUAUUGGAUAAGUUGCCCAAACUGUUCGAUCGGGAGGCGGCUCUAUUGCGCUAUCCAACACUCUAUCAUCAGAGCAUGAAUACGGUGCUGGUCCAGGAAAUGGUUCGGUUCAAUGUGCUGCUCAACACAAUACGCACCAGUUUGAUAACACUGAAGAAGGGCAUCAAAGGUCUGGUGGUCAUGUCCGCUGCCGUGGAGGCCGUCUACAAAUCCGUGCUGAUUGCCAAAAUUCCGGCUAUGUGGGCCAGCAAGUCCUACCCCAGUCUCAAGCCACUUGGCAGCUAUGUGGCGGACUUUUUGCGACGCCUCGAAUUCCUGCAGCAUUGGUAUGACCAUGGAGCACCGUCAACCUUCUGGCUAUCGGGUUUCUUCUUUACACAGGCUUUUCUGACCGGUGCCCAGCAGAAUUAUGCACGUAAAUAUGUGAUUUCCAUAGAUCUGUUGGCCUUUGACUAUGAGGUCCUGUCGCUGGAGGAAACACAAAUGGCAGGUACUCCGGCGCCCGAGGAUGGUGUCUUUGUGUAUGGCAUCUUCUUGGAGGGCGCUUGCUGGGAUCGCAAAAAUAAAUAUUUAAUGGAAUCGCGUCCACGCAUAUUGUUCGAUACGAUGCCAUUGAUAUGGCUAAGGCCCCUCAAGCGCACCGAUCUGCCCGAUCGUCACAACUAUUUGUGUCCACUGUACAAGACGGCAGAGCGACGUGGCAUCCUUUCCACAACGGGACACAGCACCAAUUUUGUUGUGGCCAUGCUACUCAAUUGUAAUCCCAAUACGCCAAUCUCCCACUGGAUUAUACGCGGCACGGCACUCUUGUGUCAAUUGAGUUUCUAAAUUUAUGCGGGUGUUUUGCAAUGUUCGGCGUAGUAGUAGUUCUAUAUAUAUAUAUAUAUAUUGUAUGUGGCGAGUAGUUAGCUAGUGCUGCAUAUAUUAGUAAAUUGUCAGCUAUGCUUACAAACUUGGAAACUAUUAAAACUUAAAACUACA